UCUCACAGCCACCGCGACGACAAGAAGCGAAGGUAUCCAGUCAAGCACGCUGCGGCCAUUCCAUUUCCCUUCGCCGCACAUCGACAACAUGUCUUCAAACCUGAGUAAUGGAGAAUCCCAUCCGACACUGCAGAACCUCUUCCGGCUGGACAAUCGAACCAUCAUCGUCACGGGAGGACUGGGUAGUCUUGGUACCUGCUUGAGCGGUGCACUUCUACACCACGGUGCCGAUGUGGUCAUCUUCGACUUGUCGCAGGAGGCCGAUCCGAAGCACUUGGAGCAGAUCCGCAACGAAGCAGCCGCUCCAAACAGCAGCCUGUCCUACAUCCACUGCAACGCCACAGACGAAGAGAGCGUCACAAAAGCUUUUGCCAAAGCCGAAUCACUCGCUCGACAUCCCAUCCGAGGUCUGGUAACUUGCGCCGGCAUCUCCGGAAACUGUCCCGCAGUCGAGUACCCUGUAACCGACUUCCGUCGCAUCAUGGACAUCAACGUCACAGGCUCCUUCCUCUGCGCCCGUGCGGCGGCUCAGAUUAUGCAUCGCCAGCAAUCCUCCGGGAGUAUUGUUAUGGUAGCGAGCAUGUCGGGUACGAAUGUCAACCGAGGCGUCGACACAUGCCCUUACAACGCUUCCAAGUCCGCCGUGCUCCAGCUUGCUCGCAACUUGGCGGCGGAAUGGGGGAAUUACGGUGUCCAUCCUCCAAUCAGAGUGAAUACGCUCAGUCCGGGAUAUAUUCUCACGCCGAUGACCGUUCCGACGUUUGAGGAACGGCCGGGGUUGAAGACAUUGUGGCCCGAGGGGAAUAUGUUGGGCAGAAUGUCUAACGUCGAGGAGUAUCGGUCUGCAGCUGUGUUUCUUUUGGGGGAUGGGAAUUCGUAUAUGACGGGAUCGGAUUUGAGGAUUGAUGCUGGGCAUUGCGCUUGGUGA